UUGUAGGUGGUGUUGGGAUCACCCUGGGAAUGAUUGCCAUUGCAUACCACAAACUCGGUAAGAAAUUUGAACUGGUGCAGGAGGAAAAUAGAGUUGGGGAGUCCGGCCUGGAAUCAACCCAGUGGAAUUUCUGUGAAGGCAAGGACACUCUAACUAAGUGCCAUGCACUGUACAACAGCAACUACAAAUCCCAUAAGCCCUGGGACAGAGAAGACUCUCCUUAUCUGGGAUCAGACAUGCUGGAGAGUCAUUUCACCUGUCACAAGUGCAGCUCUACAGCACAUGCGGUAGGAAAGCACAAAAGAGAGAUUGUCCUGCAGAAAGCCACUCAUGUAGGUGAACAGCUGGCUAAUUGCCAACAUGAAGGGAAUGAUCAACAUUCUGUGUUGCAACAGAGGAUCAAAGAGAUAAGUGGACAAAGACAUGAUGAGAGCGGGGCAGGCAUUCCAAACAGCUAUCUGGGCAUUCAGGGUACUUCUUCCCAACAUCGUGGGGGUUCAAACAACAUCUCAGCUGUCAGAAUACAGCAGCUGGCCCUCAGUAAUCAUUUCUCGGCCCUCCAGAGGGGCACAUUGAGACACCCAGACCAAAUCCACAAUGAAAUAACUCAAGGAAAUCACUCACUGUUAAAGCACCAGACUGAGGAAGUUCGUGCUCAACCAAUUUACCAAACCAUCAGCUGUCUGCACUGUCAUCAGACUUAUGAAUACAGACAUGCUGGGAGUAAUAACCAGAACUUGAUGUUUACAACUCAUUCACAGAACACAGUUCAAAACAGAGCACAAAUGUACAAUGCCAUGCUAUACAAAGACAACUUGGGUUAUGACAAGUCAAACGCUGGGAGACAUGGUGAAAGUCAAGCUACUGAGCUGGGCUUUAAGUUAGAUUCUCAAAGAAGUGUUACUUUUGAUCUAGCUGGGACUGAGGAACAUGUCCUCACCACAAUGGCUGACAGACACAAAAAGGAAUGUAGGAUGAAGGACUUUAAAACAACUACAGAGAAACCCCCCCACAAGCUGAGUAAGACUAAGAGCAGCACACAAGGACACUUAAAGACCCAGAAAUCCAGAGGACAGGCAAAGAGGACACUGAAAGUUAAAUUACAUCUAAACCCCCUUCAAAAAAGCAGAGUUCAUCCAAAGUCCACUGACAAAGAAGGUAUUCAAGAAGACAAUAUGUACAAAAAGGGUAAGAAGGAAAAACUGAAAAGCAAAAAGGACAAAAAAGAUCAAUUAAAAUUAAAUAAAACUAGCAAAGAAUCUAAAGAUAACACUGAAUGCUCAGGAAAUGAGGAAGAGGAAAAUGAUACUAUGCAACAUAUCUCUAAAAAGAAGCGUGCUAAAAAAGGAAACAAGGAAUCAAAGUCCCUGUCUAAGGAUACAGAUGAUGUCACUACAGAAAAAGGUCAAAAUUAUAUUUCUGUUCAGGGAGAAAAUCAAAUGGCAAUACUCCCACUAACACCCAGUUUAGCUCUUCCAGAUGAUCACAACUUUCUUACAGCUCCAUCUCACCCCAACGUUCUGGAUUCCAGUGACACUCAGCAGCUAUCCAGUCCAAAUAUUGCACUUCCUGUGAGUGAAUCCACUGCUCCACAGGAUGUAGUGGAUCAGUCCAGCAGUUCAGACCUGAUUAGCUCUGAUGCACCUGUCAUCCAAGAAUAUGUAUCUUCAGCUGAGGGCUCACCAAAGAGGAAAUUAAGACUCAUUUUACCUGAAAAAACAACCAACAGGCCACAAACAGCACUUGAUAAGAAAAUCAGAUAAUGUUAUUCCUUACAGAUAAUGUAACAGAUAACAGCUUACAAUUGGUUACCUGCCUUUA